AUGGUUAAAGCCUUAAAGGCAAUGUAUUCAACUGUAAAAUCAUGUGUGCGAUAUAAUCAUUCGCAGUCAGAUUUCUUUGAGUCACAUGUCGGUUUGAAACAAGGCGACCCGUCAUCUCCAUUACUUUUUAUGUUCUUUGUGAAUGAUCUAAUGAAUAAUAUAAACUCGGAUUUAAAUGAUAUAUUUACUAUAGAGGAAAUGAAGUUAUUCCUUCUACUCUAUGCUGACGAUCAGGCAGUAUUUGCUAGGUCUCCAGACAGUCUGCAAAAGUUGUUGAAUGAUAUUGAAAAUUAUUGCAAUGCCUGGGGCCUUAGAAUUAAUACAGCAAAAACUAAAAUCAUGAUAUUUGAGAAGGGGAGAUUAACACAUCAUGACUUUUAUUUAUAUGGUUCUAGCUUGGAGGUAGUAAACAGUUUCAAGUAUCUGGGUGUUAGCCUGUAUAGAAAUGGUAACUGGUAUAGGAGUCAGAAAGACAUAGCUAAACAUGCAUCAUAUGCAUUAAAUGGUUUAUUCCAAAUAUUCAAAUCAAUUGAAUUACCAAAUUCACAAAAAUGUAAGCUUUUUGAUGCAUUAGUGUCUUCUAUUCUACAUUUUGGAGGUGAACUGAUUGGUUCAUACCCAUGCACAGACUUGGAACUUGUUCACACUAAAUUUCUAAGAAGAAUCUUAUUAGUGAAGCGUUCAACAAAUACCGCGGCUUUGUAUGGUGAAUUAGGUAGGGUACCGCUUGUUAUUAUCCGUAAGGUUAGAAUGAUCAAGUACUGGCUCAAAAUUCUAAAGUCACCACAUGAUAGUUUAAUAUAUAAAACCUAUGAAAUGUUAAGGUUAGAUGCAAAUGCGUCAAGAUCUUAUAAUGGUAGAAACUGGGCCUUUCAGAUAAAACAACUAUUGCAGGAACAUGGGUUCAGCAAUGUUUGGGACAGCAAUGUACAUGAGGGUAUAAAUUUUCUCAUGAUAAGACAGAGAAUAUUUGAUAUGUAUCAUCAACAAUGGUAUGCUAGUAUAAAUAACUCCAGUAAACUGAAAACAUACAGUGUAUUUAAACACGACUUUAAUUUUGAAAGUUACUUGGAUAAUAUAGCUAUACCUAAAUUUAGAAUAGCACUUUCAAAGUUUAGAGUUUCGAUCUUCACAUAA